AUGGACACGAUGGACACGAGUGACAACGGAGCGCCCGAGUCGAGUGAUAUUGAUCUAGCUACAGUACUUGCAGGGGUGCAAUCAUCGGCCGCUGAAACCCCUCACCCAAGACCUUCACCCAAGAGCAUCGCACGGCAGCCGCCCGCCCCACCUUCGCUGAGAUCCCGCCUGAGCAUGUAUGGGAGGAUCUGGCCCGCGAUGGACAUGAUCAGGAUGCUCUACAUGUGGGGCCGGCUGCUCGUCAAACCGCCCUGGAGCACCAUUCCGAGGUCCACGAUCUCCCUCAAGGACUUGGCCCUCGCUCGGCUCCCCACCCAUCUCUUCGCGAUCUGCGGCCCCGCAUCGGUACCACCCUACCCGCACCGCGACACGAUCGAGGUGCUCGAGGAGUACUUCAACACCCCGCCCACGUUCCCCUUCCUCGACCGCAUGCUCGGUGUCCUCAACGCCCUCGGGCCCUACGGGCGCGCGCGCGAGGACACGGAGCGCUUCCAGGGCUGCGCAGGCGAUCUGUGA